GCCAAGGCUUCAAGCUGGAUGUAGGUUUAGGUUCCUAGCUGGCCAUGGCAUCUGCUGAGUCCAGCACGCGGGUCAGCUUGGGCCUUGAGCUGUACCUGGACCUGCUGUCGGCUCCCUGCCGCGCUGUCUACAUCUUUGCCAGGAAGAACGGCAUCCCCUUUGACUUCCAGUUUGUGGAUCUGCUGAAAGGUCACCACCACAGCAAGGAAUACAUCGAGAUAAACCCCCUGAGGAAGCUACCCAGCCUCAAAGAUGGAAAAUUUAUCUUAUCUGAAAGCGUGGCCAUCCUCUCCUACCUGUGCCGCAAGUAUAGCGCACCCUCGCACUGGUACCCACCCGACCUGCACACGCGUGCCCGCGUGGACGAGUUCAUGGCUUGGCAGCACACGGCCAUCCAGCUGCCCAUGAGCAAGAUGCUCUGGAUUAAGCUGCUGAUUCCAAUGAUUACCGGUGAGGAGGUAUCAGCUGAGAAGACAGAGCAGAUGCAGGAGGAAGUGAAGCACAGCCUCCAGCUCUUUGAGAUGAAGUUUCUGCAAGACAGGAUGUUCAUCACUGGGGACUACAUCUCCCUGGCUGACUUGGUGGCCCUGGUGGAGAUGAUGCAGCCCAUGGGGGGCAACCACAAUGUCUUCCUCAACAGCCCCAGGCUGGCCGAGUGGCGCAUGCGGGUGGAACUGGCCAUCGGCUCUGACCUCUUCUGGGAGGCCCAUGACCGGCUGGUGAAGUUGGCAGAGUGGGACUGUUCGACACUGGAUCCAUUGGUCAAGGAGAGGAUCUGUGAAGUGCUACAGAAGUACAAGUGACGCCAGAGGCCACCCGUCCU